UAACACAAAAGUAACCUUCUUAACUUAUUACUAAUAUCAUUUUUAUCAAACCAAUAUCUCUAAUUAAUCCCCAACAUCAUCAAAACCUUGAUAUCAAACCUAUUAACACCCUAAAGUUGAUGGUGUUGAUGAAAUUCUAGCUAGACAAACUAUUUUUAGAUGAUUAAAAUAAUUUUUAUAUAAAGUAAUAACAAUAAAAUACUAAACCAAAGUGGUAGAAGAAGUGAAUUUGACAAAAAUUCUUGAAUCUAAAUAAAGCACAGAGUGUAUACGAUUAAUCGUUCUGGAGUAGAAAGCGAAAAAUGGUAGUGGGGUUGGCUAAAGAAGAGAGAAGGAACAAAGAGUGAGUUUAGAAUGGUAGAACAAAGUGGAUCCAGUGCUGAAGAACCACAAAGUUCAACUAUUCGCGAUGUCUCGGCUCAAAAGUGUUCACAAACUCACAAAGUAAGUCCUAAAAAUCCAACUAAAUCCAAGAAUCACAAUAAUAUCACCAACAAUGAUACAAUAAGUAAUCGAUUUUCUCUAUUUCGUUGGUUCAAACGACCAGGAAUUGUUGAAACACCAUCAAAUAAUAUUAAUGAAAGUGUUUGUUCAAGUUCAGAAAGUGUAAAUACAUUUUACAGUACAGCAACAGUUAAAAGUUUUGCAUUUCAUUCACCAGAAGUUUUAAAUCAAUCAAAUAUACCAAUAGCUCUAGAUCUUUUGGAUCAUAAUAAUACGAGAGUUGGUCCAUUUGGUGCUGGUGCUGCUAAGAUUGUUGAAAAGAAAGGUAAAGGAUCACUUGAUGUUACCCGAACUCUACCAGCAGAUGUUCUUUCAAAGAAUCGUAAUCUAACCAGCAGAUAUUCAUUACAAAAUUGUUCUCAAAAGUUUGGGUCAUGUAAUAACAUCAAUGAAACUGAUAUUAGCAAUAAAAAAAUUCUAACUAAAAGAGUUCAUGUUAGAGGUAAAAGAAGAGCACCUAAUCCACCGGUUAAUGAAUUUAGACCUCGAAGUUUUUGUGCUAUUGAAGGUAUUGAUGAUAAUCCUAGUCUUGAAGCUGCUAGAACCUUUGGAACAAGACGAAAGCAACGACGUCCAGCACCAAAGCCACCAGUGGAGACAGUUAGAGUAGAGGAAGGUAUGGAAAGCAGUCGGAUAGAAACAAAGUCUGUUGGGAAUUCUAAAAAUGUACUUCAGGGUCAAGUUUGGCUCCAUAAUAACGAGUCUGCUAAUAAUAAAUCUAAAAAACCUACUGGGAUGAUAUUUAAGCAGGAUAAAAAAGCUCUUGCUGGUGAUGAUAAUGAUACUUUAGUACUUCAAAGUGGAUACCUAGCACCAAAGAAGGAAUCAACAGUACCAAGUGUCACUGAACUCCAAGUUUCUUCAGCAAUACCUAAACCUUGGUACAAAAGAAGUGUGUUUGAGAAUUCGAUUAAAAAAACUGACAAUAUGAGAACAGGAUUUCAGACACGAGAUGAAGUAUCCAAUGUCGAAUCAUCAAGUUCCAGUUCAUCAAAACGUGUAGAUGAUAGUUUCAAUUCAUCAUCAAGAUUAAGUUUCUUUAGGAAUACAACUGAUGAUAAAAGAAAGGAUAGCAAAAGACGAUCUGGUCUGUCAAUUCUAGCUAACAUCAGUGAAUUAGAUAAAGAAGCAGCAGCUAUUGUCCAAGAAGAGCAAGCCAAGACAAAGGCGUUAUUUCUUCAGCAAUCAUGGAAGGUUAAUGAGAAUGAAAAACAUCAAGAGGUGAUUCAAGACAUUGUUACAUCUGCUAUUGAAAGCUCACCUAGGAGAGGCACUAGAGCUUUGAUAUCUAAAUUCAAUGCUAUUGGGAAUAUAACUAAAGUAACAGUGAACUCGAAUUUUUUUAAUAAAACUCCAACAUCAAGUGCUAGAAAUAUUGAUAAGAAUAAAGAUGAUGGUAAUGAAAAGGGUAAAAAUGUUGGGAAGAUUGAGAAGAAAUCAUUCGAACCAGAUUUAUCGAAAUAUUUUCCACAAAAGAGUAUUCCACAGAGUCCUAGAAGUAUUAGGAGUUCAAUCAGUGACUCUAGAAGGUCUUUUUUACAGACAACAUUGAAUUCUAGCACCAAGUUUGAUGGAGUUGAUCAAAAUGUAGCUACGGAAUCUAAAAGAAUUAUCAAUGAUGUUACUAAUCGGUUGUCAAUACUCCAAACUGCUGUAUCAAAAGGUUCUCAGCAACAGAAAAUAGAUAGUCCAGUUCUCAGACGUUCAUCAAAGCCAUCAGCUGAUGAUAAACCUAGGAUUUAUAACUAUGAGAGUUCUCCAAAAGUCUAUCGAACCAAGGAUAAUUCAUUUAGCAGGAAUGAAAUGAUUGCGAAGGAAUUUAAUGACAUCUUUGAAGAAGUUGAUAAGCAAUUGAAGCUUGGAGAUGAUAAAGCAGCAGGAGGACAAGCAGAUCAGAAACAAAAGACACAUCAGGAGUUGGAAGCAGCGAGUAAAGUGAGCAAGGUAUUGGAUAUUCUAGUAGAAGCUGAGAAAGGAUUGAAAAAUGGUGAAGAUAAAAAGUCGAAGACAUCAUUAAUGAAUGAUAGAACGGAUCAAAUAACGACUGAUCUAAAGGAGAUGCUGAAGGAAAUGAAACAUUCAUUACCAAAGAGACCAAAGCCUCGGAAGAGUAUUGAUUCCAGUUCAGAGUCAUCAAAGCUUGAUCAGUUGAAUGUAGUGAAAAUAACUAAUCCACCUGUUUUGCAAAUGGGACCAUCAACAUCAUCAGAAGCAUCAACAUCAUCAACACAAAAGGUGUCCUCAAGUGUCCAAACAUCUGGGAAUGUUCGUAGAAUAGCACCAUCAACAUCACACCAGUGGAAGAAUGAUGAUGUUAUUUACCGUACCAGUGGAAGAUCAAAGUCCAGUGGAUCGGGACUGGUAAAGAAUACCUUCCAGUUGAUGAGACCCAGAGAAUUCGCUGCUAUUGAAGCUAUAAAGACUUUAAAACAUACUGAAGAUAAUGAUAAUACUUAUGCUAAUGUCAUGACACAAUCACUCUAUGCUAAUGCACUAGUGUUUUCGUCAAGGAAUCAUCGAGUUAUUUCUAAUGAAUCAUUCGAGAGUGAUGGGAAAAAUAAAACCAAGUUACCUACCCCUCAAGAAGAUAAAAUUCCAGUUAGAUCAGCUGAACCUUGUGAUAAUCAGAAAGAUACAAUGGCUACAAACAUGAACACACUGGCUGUGAAUCGAUUGUUGAAAAAAUUAGAAGCUUCUAUAGCUAGUGGUAAUCAUCAACAAGCAGCAGAACAAGCUAAAGAGUUAGCGAGGCUUAAGAUCCAGUGUUCAGUGAUCAGACAAAAGCCAACAACAGGUGAUUUAAUUAACCUAGAUAUGUAUAUUGAAGAUAGACUAGCUCAUCAAGGACCAAUUCCUCUUCAGCUGCCACUAGUGACGACAGUGAAGCAGUUGAAGGAAAAAAUCUUCAAUGAAUUUGAAAUACCUGCUAAUGUGCAACGAUGGAUCAUUGGAAAGACUCUAGCUAAUGAUGAUAAUGCUACCCUAGAUGAUCUCAAAGCCAUUGAAGGAUCACCGGUUUUUCUCUACCUCGUUGCUCCUGAUUUACAGAUCGUCGAUACUGUUAAGCAAGUAGAACCCAAAGUGAUUGUUAUCGAUGAUGAUAAUGAUGGAGAUGAUGAUGAUGAACCAGUUCAAGUUAGCAGUGAUGAUAAAAAGGUUGAUGAUGACAAAAAUUAUCCACUUCCAGUUAUAGAAUUGAUAGAAGAUGAAAAGAAUGUAGAGACAACGGGGAUUGAUGAUGAAAAUAUAAAUCAGCAUGAAUUAAUUGAACAAAAGAAGCCUAAUGAAGAUGAUAAUAAAACCGCAGAUGGUGUUGUUGGUUCAUUAAACUUAACAGAUACAGAACAAUAUUUACAGUUGAUAAUGCUAGAAAAUUGUGAAAUUGUACCAAAUGUACACCCUAUUGAAUGUCCAAUUUGUUUCAGUAUUUAUGGACCACUAGAGGGUGUAGUAUUACGAGAUUGUUUACAUUCAUUUUGCAGGAAUUGUAUUGAAAAUACCAUCAAACAUUGCGAUGAAGCUGAAGUUAAAUGUCCCUACAGAGAUUCAGAGUAUUCAUGUCAAUCAACACUCCAAGAACGCGAAAUAAAAGCACUGGUUAAUCCAUUGAUUUAUGAGCAACAUCUAGCUAAGUCCAUAACACAAGCAGAAAAUAAUGCUGGUAACAAUGCGUUUCAUUGUAAAACACCAGACUGUCCUAACUGGUGUCUAUAUGAAGACAAUGUUAACAACUUUUUGUGCUCUGUUUGUAAUAAAAACAAUUGUCUAACAUGUCGGGUCAUUCAUGAGGGAAAGAAUUGUUUUGAGUAUCAGAAUGACGUAAAGAUAUCUCAGGAAACUGAUGAGGAGUCUAAAAGAACAGCUGCUAUGUUGUCAGAGAUGCUGAGACGUGGUGAAGCAAUGGCUUGUCCAACUUGUGAUGUGGUCUUGAUGAAAAAAAUGGGUUGCGAUUGGCUAAGAUGCUCAAUGUGUAAAACGGAAAUUUGUUGGGUUACUAAAGGACCUAGAUGGGGACCUGGGGGAACUGGAGAUACCUCUGGAGGAUGCCGAUGUGGUCUCAAUGGAAUUAAAUGUCAUCCUUGUUGCCACUACUGCCACUAAUUCAUAAAAUAUUAUUUAAAAAAUACAACUAUGAUAUUAAUCAUACAAAUAAUAUCAAUAACUGUUUUGUUACAUCUUCCGUAAUCUAUUGUUGAACUUCAUUAACACUUUUUGAUUCAUUGAAA